GGAAAAACAAGACGCGGAAACAAUAUACAAAAUGUCGCAUGGCCACAGAAUCCAACCACUUAAUCCAGAGGAAUCUUGCGAUCGAAAAUCCGCUGGUUUAUUUGCACAAAGCAAUCAGUCCCGAAGCUGCUGUCUUGGGGGGUUCAGCAGCCAUAUUCUUCCUGGUCGUUCGCCCCAACUUCCUUGUAAUAGAUGACUCAAAGGCGCCUAAUUCGUGGACUCCACCUUUAAACCAACCAUUCCCAUAUGGCAAACAACCUGUGCGGGGCGUGAAUUUGGGUGGUUGGCUGGUUUUGGAGCCUUUUAUCACCCCGUCCCUGUUUAAUGCUUCGGGGGUAAUUGACGAAUACACUUUGUGCGCAUCGCUCGGACCUGACGCGGCAAAAGAAACGUUGGGCAAUCAUUAUUCAACUUUUAUUACCGAACAAGAUUUUGCAGACAUUGCCCAGGCGGGGUUGGAUCACGUGAGAAUACCGUUCGGACACUGGGCGAUAAGCACCACUGCCGAUGAACCCUACGUCCCAAAGCUUAGUUGGGAUUAUCUUCUCAAAGGGAUCGAAUGGGCCAGGAAAUACGGUUUAAGGGUUUUGGCUGAACUGCACACCGCACCCGGCAGUCAAAAUGGAUGGAACCAUAGUGGCAGGCAGGGUAAUGUAAAUUGGUUACUGGGACCAAACGGAACCGCAAACGCAGAUCGUACACUCAGCAUCAUUCAAGAAGCCAUUUCUUCUUUAAACUCGCUCAAUUAUCAACAUGUCGUUUCGUUAAUUUCUCCUUUGAACGAACCUCGCGUGGAAUUAGUCGGACUCAACGUUCUUCAAGAAUGGUAUCAGAAGGCCUAUGAUGUAAUUCAAAAUGUCACAGCCAAAGGACCUUUGCAACCGUGGAUUUUGUAUAGUGACGGUAUGGCUGGUUUAUCGGCUUGGAAAGGUUUUAUGAAAGGUUAUAAAAACGUAGCACUUGACACGCAUCAGUACCUGAUAUUUGAUCCCAAUCUCAUGAAG